AACACUUCAAAGUUUCGUAUACCAAUAACCGUUAAAGUGUUCAUUUUAGAGAUACGUUCUAUAUUCGAUUUAUAUAUAAAUCGCUUUAAAAAUCAUUUUGUUCAUUGAUAUCUAUUAAAUUAUUAAUCAUGCCCAAUUAUAAGGAUAAAGUGAAUUUUCAAAAUGGAAAUAAAGACAAAAAAUUUUCACGUGUGUAUCCAGCAACCGAUGGUGAUGACGUUGUCAUCUCGGGAAUGGCCGGAAAAUUUCCCAAUUGUCAUAAUAUUGAUGAGUAUGAAUAUAAACUUUAUAACAAGAUCGAUAUGAUAGACGAUGAUGAACGGCGUUGGCGGCAUUUUCAUCCUGAAAUUCCUAAACGGAGUGGAAAACUUUAUGAUUUAGAGAAAUUCGAUGCGACUUUCUUUGGAGUACAUUUUAAACAAAGCCAUACAAUGGAUCCACAAACACGAAUGUUGAUUGAAAUUGCUUACGAAGCGGUCAUUGACGCCGGCGUCAAUCCAAAAAGCUUACGUGGGACUAGGACAGGAGUUUACAUAGGCGCUUGCGUCUCCGAAUCGGAAAAGACCUGGUUCUAUGAAAAAGUUUCAUCUGGGGGUUUCGGCAUAACGGGCUGCAGUCGUGCCAUGUUGCCAAACCGCAUUUCAUAUAGUUUGGGCUUGGAAGGGCCCUCAUUCUUAUUAGAUACAGCUUGUUCUAGUUCAAUGUAUGCUUUAGACAAUGCCUUUACCGCUUUUCGCAACGGUGAAAUAGAUGCAGCUAUUGUUGGUGGCUCAAAUUUAUGUUUGCACCCAUUUGUAACGUUGCAAUUUGCCCGACUUGGUGUUUUGGCCACUGAUGGUUAUUGUAGACCUUUUGAUCAACAUGCUUCUGGCUACACCCGGUCUGAAACUAUCAGUUGCUUAUUCUUGCAGCGCAAACGUGAUGCUAAUCGCGUGUAUGCUAGCAUAGUGUACUCAAAAACCAAUUGUGACGGUUAUAAGCCAGAAGGAAUUACUUAUCCUUCCGGAAAAUUACAAGAAAAACUGCUCAGGGAGUUUUAUCAGGAAAUUGAUGUUUGUCCAGAACAAUUAGGUUAUUUGGAAGCUCACAGUACUGGUACAAGAGCCGGAGAUCCGGAAGAAUGUCGAGCAAUUGAUAACGUCCUUUGUAGUCAACGUUCUACACCUCUAUUGGUAGGUUCAGUCAAAUCGAAUAUAGGCCACGCUGAACCAGCAUCCGGGGUUUCCUCAUUGGCUAAGGCCUGCUUUGCAUUUGAAACAGGGAAAAUUGCACCUAAUAUUAACUUUACGGAGAUAAAAUCAGAAAUUUCUGCUUUAGCCGAAGGACGCUUGAUAGUUGUAAAAGAUACAACGAACUUGGAAAAACCGUAUAUUGGUGUGAGUUCAUUUGGCUUCGGAGGUGCUAAUGCUCAUGCUUUAUUAAAGGCU